AUAUUAGACUAGCCAGGGAAUCAUCAAUCAUCAUUUUUUUUGAACGAAAUCAAUCAUCAUUUUGAUACACGGGUUCUUUCGGAGGUGCGCUUCAUCAAGCAUCCAAUCCACUUGAACCACUUGACUGCUCCUAAAAGCAAUAUAUAAGCAGACCAUCGUCUAGCUAAGCUUAUGAUCAUGAGCAAACUCCUAAUAAAAUCCCUCACCCAUAGGAAAAUCGGAGCAACGACGUACACGCUCAAAUUCCCACAUACGCGCGCCUCGAUCGAUCGAUCGUCUCUAAGUCGAGUCGUUGGUCCUUGUGUGGUUGAGAGAGAGAGAGAGAUGAAUAUCGGGCCUAGAGAACAGAGAGCAUUUGCGAGAAUGACGCCAGAAGACCGAGCGUGGUUGAUAAAGGGCAAGUCGGUGGUGCUGACGUGCCUAGCGUCGGUCCUCCUGCUGUCGGCCGGCAGCAUCAAGGCCCCCAAGACUUGCACCGGCGGCAUGUUCUUGGGGCCUAUAAUCGCUAUCGGCCUCUUCCUCAUUGUCAUGUUCGUGGUGGGUUCGUGUGGCCUGAAGAAAAACGAUGGUGACCUCUACGACUGCUACCUCCUCGGCGUGUUCUUGGCAAUCCUCCUCCUCCUCGCCUUUAUCAUCUUCGGAUACGUUGCCGUGGGAGGCAUCGACGCGGGGCAUGCGGCGAAUGCCCGAGAGUACAGCCUCAGUGAGUGCAAGCGGGGGUGGCUUAGGGGUCGCGUCACCCACUCCUCGCAUUUCUGGGCAUCAACCAGCGCGUGCCUCCGCCGCAGCCACGUCUGCAACGGCAUGACUAACCUGGUACGCAACCCCGACACCGGCAUUUUUGUUCCCCGCCCAUCCUCCUUCGAAAGGUGGGCCAAGAGACACGGGGUGGACGCCGACCCACGUGUAAUGUCCCCUAUCGAGUCUGGAUGCUGCAAGCCACCAUCAUCGUGUGGAUUAACAUACGUGAAUGGGACGACGUGGAUAUCGACAGCAGCAUCAGCAGGUGCCCCAGCUGCCGUUGCCCAAGUAACCAACAACAACAAGGACGACGACUGUAGCCGGUGGAGCAACGACCAUCAAACGCUUUGCUUCCAGUGCGACUCGUGCAAGGCUGGCUUCCUCCGCCACACCAGUCAGGCCUGGAGUGUCGCUGCCAUCUAUAUCGUUCUCGCCUUCAUCGGGCUCAUUCUUUCCUCACUUGCACUCUACGCAGAUCAAGCAACUGGGAAUAAUAAUACUGGAAGAUCACGAUGAGUACUAGCUAGCAGCUACUCCCAGUUAUAUAUAUACAUGUGCGUGAAAAUCUCUGAAGCUUAAUUCAUUUACCUUUUACCUGCAGUACGUACGUACGUACAAAAGACGUACUAGGAUCGCAUGCACGUGCGUGGUGUGUAAUGGUGCUAUAUAUAAAGGCCUGGUCCUUAAUUAAUUUGUUAACGUUUUUA